AUGUUGUUCGCUCAGAGGACGCCGGCAUUCGACGUUUGCCGCCAAUCUUUAAAUAUCAGCCUCGGCCGUCACGUCUCCAAUGUCCGCAGCGAGCCUAGCAAGGAUAGCAAGAAUCAUAAUACCAGCGAAAGCGGCGGCGGCGUCGGCAGGUUUGGUGGGAGGGAUGUGUGCUGCGAGGUAGCGGAUGCAGGAAGCAGCAAGAGCAGCGGUACCACCAGCGACUCGUCCACGCCCUCGCCCACGAACUCGACGGCCAACGAGAGCUUCUCCCGGCUUUCCCUCGAGGUACCUGAUGACAUCCCCCGGGGAUCUCCCGGUCCGUGGACGUAUACUUCGACAGCCGAGCAGACCUUCUCGACCCAGGUGUUCUCUUCGGACCGCAACACAUCGGAGAUGGGUUCGCCAAUACAGGUGACCCAGGCACUCAGCUUCACGGUGAUAUCGUCGCCAGGAUCGUCUAUGUUCGAAGAGAACGUCGUUCCAAAGGUCGAGGAAGUAGAGGACGACGAAGACGGAGCGGUACCGCUGGGUCUCCACUGCAGCGAGCCACCGGAUGGCAAAAGUGACGUCCCGCCAUCGCCGACUGCGUGUGUUCCUCGAAAACGCGGUCGACCGCGCAAACACCCUCCUCCAGUGCCCGGCCAGACCAAGGUCACCAAAGGCAGAUCGAAGACCGGAUGCAUAACAUGUCGACGGCGGAAGAAGAAAUGCGACGAGACCAAGCCGGCGUGUCUCAACUGCCAGAAAAACGCCGUUGUCUGCGAGGGCUACCCGGUCAAGGAGGUUUGGAAGAGUGGAAAGCAGAAGAUAGAAGAAGACAUCGACAGACGCUUCCUCGACCAUUUCGUCAACGACUUCAGCCGAGUCCUCACCCUUAUCAACGAUGAUUCCAACCCGUUCAAGGAGAUUCUCCUGCCGAUGGCCACCCAGCACAAGGGCCUGAUGCACUCGCUGAUGUGCUUGGCCGGCUCUCAUCUCUCUGCCCGCGAUCCGGAGCCUUUGCUAAAGGAGCGGAAGCACUAUCAUUUCCACCGCGCAAUCACAAACCUGCGAAACACCAUUGCCGCCCAAUCCUCAACCCGCCCGUCUUCUCCAUCCCCAUCAACCACUACUUCUACCGGUACAACGGCGACGUCACCAGAAACGCGGACGACUGAGCGUCGGGAGAGCCUGCCGGUCGAGGAUCCUAUGAUUGCGUCUACUAUUGCACUGUGCCUUCACACUAUCUGCGAGGGGGAGACCAAGGGCGAGUACAGGUCUCACAUGGACGCUGCAAGGUAUCUCCUGAUCACCCAACGACCGAGGAAUGAAAAGUUCAGGCAGUUCAUCGUCGAGUUCUUCCAGUACCAUGACGUCUCCAACUCGGUGACCACGCUAGAUCGACGACCUGUCUGUUUUGCCGGCGAUCUUCGUCUACCUGACUUUGUUCCUCAUGCUCAGGCUGGGGCUCUACUCGGCAUUUUCGAUGGCCUGUUCCACUACAUAUCUGAAAUCACAGUCCUUCGUGAUAGGAUACGGCAGCGGAUAAAUCAAGGCAUCGAACCGGCAAUUGAUUAUCAGACACUGAGCGAAGCUGUUGGAAUAGACUCGCAAAUCCGUGCAUGGGAGCCGUCGUACCCUGCCGACAACCCCAACUGGUUGGCAUCGCAGUUGUAUAGACAGUCUACAUGGGUGUACCUUUACAGGACCAUUCGGCCGUCACGCCCCGAUGAGAAAAUAUCGCAGGUGGUUGACGAUGGCCUUCUCUAUCUCAGCCAGCUACCCUUAGACGCUGGUGCAUAUAGUAUCCUGCUGAUGCCCCUGUUCCUCCUGGGGUGUUCUGCCUUUGAGCCCUAUCAGCGAGAGCGCAUCAAGGCUGGAUUCAAUAGCUUACAGGCUUAUUCGAGCCUACGAAAUAUCGUCCCCGCUCUUCGGGUGGUAGAGAAGGUCUGGGAUGUGAUGGAUAAAAGUCCGAACCUAAGCUGGGACUGGGAGAAAAUUAUCGAUGACAUGAACAUGGACUUCUUGAUAACAUGA